AUGAACGACACAAACACCUCCCUGUCGGCAGUCCCCCAAUCUCUCUUCCCCCUUUACCGCGUGGACUACGAGAUCUUUCUCGGUUUAACACUGGCCAUCUGCGCCAUCGGCAUCGCCAUCUUCGUCCUCUUCCUUACCGGUAUCCUGCAGCAGCCCAAACUCUUCCGCGCCUCACGCUGGCUGAUCAUCAACCAAACCAUCACCGAAUCCAUGCUGCUGGGCUUCCAUCUGCCGGCGGCAUGCAUCGGGGUGUAUGUUGCCGAGACCGGGAAUGGACAUUCUUACUUCUUUGGGGAAACCUUCUGUUUGCAUCACAAUUUUGUCUUCAUGUCCACGCUGACCGCCAGCACGUGGGGUCUGUGUAUGCUGGCGCUAAACCGCUUUUUGGCCAUCUUCGCCACGAAUCCCCAACAGUAUCAAAGAUGGUCUUCCAGGCGGGUGCAAGUGAAACAGAUUGCUCUGGUCUGGUUCAUCGGAUUCUCGUGUCAUGUGUACUUUUACGCGGGCAAGAACACCACCGCAGCACCGUACCCACUGAAGCAGUGCCGGGCGCUGAAUAAUAUCGGUUUCCUGCUGGAGCAGAUCUUUGGGGUGUACGCUCCGCUGUCCAUUACGGCGUUGGCCUACAUGUUGAUGUUUCUGAAAAUGUGGCGCAACAGGAUGCGCACCCGCGCUCUUCCGCUGACCACCGCGUUGAACCAGGGAACGCUGCGGACAGGCCUGCAGCGGAACACGCACCAGCGGCGUAUCCGUCUGGUGCAAAUCCUCUUCGGAGUGGCCGUGGUGCAUUGCGUCGCCUUCCUAACCUACCCCAUGGCGCUGUGGUUUUAUGGGCAGGCCGCUCACAAGAAUCCCAUCCUACCGCUGUAUUUUCGCACCUUAAUCCAUACCGGCCAAUUAUCCACACCGGUAACAUAG